AUGCAAAGAAUCGUAAACAAAUAUGCAAAGGAAAUAUCAAAGGAUAGCGACAGAUCAUUAGGGCAUGAUACAGAAGAACAUACACACUAUGCACAUGAGAUGGAACAAUUAUUAUUUGGAGAUUUAACAAAAAAAAAAAAAAAAAAUAUUGCAACAUUCCAAAUAUAUAACAAGGAAUCGAAUAAAUGUGUACGGAUGUGUUGUAAUAACUUUAAGAAGCCAUGCGAACAUAUUAAUGAUGUGUUUCAUACCAUCCUCGAGAAGGAAAAAUUGAGCAGAGAUGAAUUCAAAAAGAUCUCAAAUGGCAAUAGAGCAUCAUGGAAAGAUGUCACCCAUAAGACAAAGAACGAAUGUAUGGCCAUUCUUGAAGCGCGACCUAUCUCAGAGUUCAAGUUCUCGAAGUACGCGAGUUCAGGAUUCAUUGCUGAGGAUGCAGGGUAUAUUAUUAUAGGGUUCUUUAUUUAG